AUGGCAGACUCUUCCACUUCUUCCACUUCUCAAAGCCAUUCAGAGAAAAAGCAAACGUUCCAUUUUCGAGCAUCAUUCGAUACUGAAAAUAUACAACUCGUCGCUAAUAUUGGAAAAUUCCAUCAACACAACAAAGAACUCUCGAUCAAGAAUCUCCAGAGAAAACAAAGCUAUCAUACUCAAGAAAAAAUGGCAGCGAGAAACCAACCUGGAAGAAAUCAAACAAAAGACCUUAAGUGUGCAACACAUUUGUUAAAUGAUAAAUUCAGAAACAUGAGUGAGGAGAAGAAAACGAUUGUGAGGGAUUUGGGAUUCGGUGGCUUGAUGCACAUCCCACCACUAAGGGUGCAUCACCAAGUGUUAAGGGAGCUGGCUAACAACUUCAAAUUAGGGGAGAACAGACUGGAAAUCGGAUACGGUUCUUUUAAAAUAACACCAAAAAAAAUAGGUGAUGUGCUUGGCAUCAACGCAACAGGAGAUCUAUUUCCUCAGAAAGUCGAUUAUAAGAAAUUUUCUGAGGAUGACAAAGAAAUUUUUAGAAGAUUCCAGGGUAAGACCCUCAAAAGUCUUACAGAUGAGAUGAUGGAUAUUGGCGUUGGUAACGAAGAGGAUCGCCUAAUGUUCAAGAGGAUUUUCAUCCUCUAUAUACAGAUGGCGUUCCUUUUACCAACGACAAUAAACAAAAUCUCGCCUGUGCACCUGGCCCCAAUUUUUGAGAUGGACACCAUAACAGAGAGAAACUGGGGAGGGCAUGUUUUGAGUUUUAUCGUCAAGGGAGCAGUUGGACGAAAGAAUGACGGCGGAAAGAGAGAAAAAUAUGGUAAGUGA